GUAACCGGAAUACACUGUACAAUGUGAUGGGUGUGAAAACACAUCUGUCAGUAUCAGUGGAACUGAGAUAAACCUUACUCUCCGGGCAGUAACCACUUAUGUCCUAUGUUGCAAUUUGGCUCUAAGCAUGUCUGCAUUGAAGAUGUGCAUAUUUUCAAACAUUGUCAUGAAAUGACACUACUGGGACAUACUGUAUAAGCUGUGUGGUUCAGCAAACAAGUGGAGUAAAGGAUUUGUCUUCUUUGGUAAGAUAUGAGAGUUCUUUAGCUGCAAUAAGGCAUGUUUGUACCACCAUGCCCAAAUAUACGCUCCCACAGCGUCUUGUUCUUCAUGCACUUGCCAGACAUUUGUUGUUUUCUUUUUGCCAGACAUGUUAAAAAUAGCGGCCAAUAGAGUUCUAAAGUGAUGACGUCAUAAAAAUGAUGACUCCUAGAGUCAUCAGAGCAUAACUGGGCUAAUAAUAUCUCAGAGACAAUUUGACCCGAAAUGUUAGUUUUUGGCAAGUGAGCCUCUUGGAUGUUUUUCUUUUAUCCCAUAAUUUCGCACAUUAUUUUUUUAUGACCUCACACUUUAGAACUCCACAGGAAUCAAUUUUGCGCUGACGUUUUCUGAACAGCUAACACGCGCGUUUUUUAAGCUUGGCAGUUUGGCGUUGGAAGAAAAGUUGGAAGAAAAGUUUGACGAUUUCUGUUUUGGACUGUUUCCGACUUUAUGAAUAUGGCUAAAAGUAUUUUUUUUUCUUUCAGCUUUAGUCAAUUUCAAUAUGCUAAACGUGCGAAUAAUCAAGGGUGGUUGCCGUGGACGGGAAGUAGAGAAAUUUGGAUUGGUAGGUUCCAAAGCUAAUGUUUUCCAUCAUGAAGAAAUCAGCAUACAUUUGAGCACAACUGAUUGCACGGACAACUUCAAGAUUAAAACAAUGAGAAAUCUCGGGUUAAAGAAAUUUGCUUCUGACAGCAAACACUAGCCACUCGUCAGGAAACUGAGCAUGAAAUCAUUGACCAGUCCGAGGAAUUGCCUAUAAUCUUUAUUGCCCGGUCUCUUAUAGAUGUAGUGCUUGAACAGUAAUAAAAAUAUUUCAGUUUUAAUGAAACUAUUAUACAUUGACGUUUUCCGAGCUUCAAAGUUUUGAAUAGCUUGAGACAAUCCACUCAACUAUGAGUAAAACUUAAGCUUACGCUUAAGUCUAAAGUUUGAGUUCAAAGUAAGUCGAGUAAGUUUUGAGGAUCAUUGUAUUUUUUGGUACUCGGAGACAAUGAAGACAAUUGGAGACAUUGACAACUUUUAUAGGGAAGGAUUUAUUAUUAAGUCUGUAUUACUCAUAUUGAUAUACCCUUAUCUUAUUUAUGGUAAUAUUGUCUGGGGUAAUAAUUACAAGCCAAGACUUGAUAGUCUAAUCAAAAUUCAAAGAAAGUAGUGCGUGUGAUAACUUUUUCCUUGUACACUGAGUCAUCAAAGCUGCUCUUUCCAAAAAUUGGAGAUCCUUAAUGUUUAUUAAUUAAAUAAUCAGCAAACUCUCCUUUUUACGGUUGACCUAUUUAAGUUGCCGUAUUAGUUUAGGGAUAUUUACAUUUUGAAUAGUCAACUUCAUUCGUAUGCUACACGGCGAAGCAAUAAUAUACAUAAGCAGUUUUACAGAACAAACAACGGCUAUUAUUCAAUACAGAGUGUAAAGGGAAUUUGUGGAAUUCUAUACCAGAAGAUUUGAAGAACAAAAAAUCACAAUAUAGUAUAAAAAAGAAACUAAAAAAGUAUCUUUUGUCACAACAGUGUUUAGAAAAUGCUUAGUGGUAGGCAAGUUUAUAAAUUAACAAUUAAUGAAUGAGGCUGAGUAUCUUAUGGAGAAUUAUGGAGAUCGAGGAGGGUGUUAUCCGUCGAGGCCGUAGGCCGACGCGGAUAACACCCUCCGAGAUCUCCAUAAUUCUUCAUAUGAUACGUAAGCCGAAUUCAAUAAUUGUUUUAUUAUUCAUUCAAAAUAAUUCCUAGUUUAAAAUCAAAACUAAAACAUGCUUACCUCCAUCGAUGUUAAGUUCAUCUUCGAUAGUGCACGUUUAGGGUUAUUCAGCUCUGCAAAUACUCUCCAAAUAGGAGAUGUCGCCCUUCAAGUUGUGUUCUUGCUGUUGUUGCCACGUUUUUAGCUAUAAUUUCGCCCAGUUCUUACUCUUGAAACGAGUGAAAUGUCCGCUAAUUUUUGUCUUCACAACUAGAACAACUCAACCUCGUCCCCAGGUCUUCUGGGUUAACGGUGCGUCAAUACGGUGGCCAAGAAGGGUCACACAUGCAAAUUAAAGAUGUUGCUGCAAAGUAAAAAUCUUACCUGCAAAUUAAAAAUAUUGCUUCAAAUUAACAAUAGGACAUGCAAAUUAACAAUUGUACAUGCAAACUGAAAAUAUUACAAACAUGAAACAUGAAUGGGCCGACGGCUGUAAGGCCAGGUCGCACGGCUCGAACCAGGUCCUCAUCAGACAUACUGCGCGCGCAGGACUUUUCAUUUUUCAUUUGCAUCGAUAAGUUUUCUAUUUUCCAUUUGGGCACAAUUUUUAGUUUGCAUGUACUCUAUUUAAUUUGCAGUUAAUAUUUUUAGUUUGCAUGUACUAUUUUUAAUUUGCAGCAACAUUUUUAAUUUGCGUGUGACCCUUCUGGGCCACCGUACGCUAACCUGCAAGAAGGCUGCACUUUUGACGUCAUCGGUUCAUUAAACGCAAAAUUCUUCCAAAUUUGGUCAUCAGUAGCUGGUUAUGGUGAAUUAUGUGUGUGUUUUCAGCCAGUCUGAAUAGGGGAAAUAUUUUGAAUGAAUAAUAUAUAAUUGAAAUUAAUUUAUAGUUAGAUUUAUGCAUUAGUUAGAUUAUGCUGCAUAUGGCGUCCAGACCUGAUUAAAAGAUAAUUCAGUAUUAUAAUAAUAAUAAUAAACAAUAGGGGAAUCUUGUAAAUUCUCCAUAUUGAUGUAAUAUCUGUUCAAUAUAAUGAUGUUAAUGUUGUGGUAAAAUAAAUAAAACUUAUAUGCUCAAGGUAAUUCUUUAUGCUUGUUUGUUUGUUCUUUGAAUUUGUUUGUUUUUGCAGUUAUGGCGAGCGUGUUCAACUCUUGUAGCAAGGAGUAGAGCAAGCUCUUCUGCUGGUACUCAAGUGAAGACUUGUUCAGCCAAAUCCAAGCAGGAUUUUCCCGAUGACUUGGAUCAAAGAGAAAGACCAGAUGAGUUAAAGAGCCCAGUGUGUUCAUAUAAUGAAUGGGAUCCUCUCGAGGAAGUCAUUGUUGGACACGUUGAAGGUGCAGUAAAAUACAUUGAACUGUUAUGCAUUCAUGCUCUGCUUUUUACUGUGAAACUCACAAAACCGUGAACACCAGAAAUAUUUAUGAAAUUGUGUCACCGGAAAUUAGCCAAUAACGCGCGAGACAACUAAACCGCAAACACCAAUGGUAAUUAGAUUGUUGUUUUGAGGUUUGCUUGCGUAUCCUGAACUUUAUUGUAAUUGGCCAGUAGACAAUCAGCAUUCCUGAAAUUUUUCAGGUGUUCACGGUUUUCUGAGAGGGGGUGCCAUUUUUUACCUAAGACUGGGAUAGAGUUUGUUUGACAAUCAAAUUUAACCCGAGUUUGGUAUUUUUAAACCAAAGUGGAAGGAAUGAAAAUGUUCUUUUCAAGAAAACAAAAAGUUUAGUUAAGCCAGGUUUUCACAUUCACUUUUCAUAUGUUAUGUGACGCUUUAUCUGGGCCUAAGUCCACAGUUUUCGUUCACUUUCUCUUAAAUAAAAAUGGCAGACAUGAUUUUAGGGUGGACGCUACAUGCAUGCAAGCAUUAUUAACCAAGAACAAGUAGAAAUUAGAAACUGUCGGACUAACACUUGAUAGAAUCUGACAGACAGUCAUUUCAAGUAAUUCACAAUCGACUGGGUGGGAGAGCAAACACAUUUUGACAGACAUUUGUAAUAUCGGAAGACGGUCCAAUGCAUGAUUACAAGAGUGCAUAACCUUAUAUAUGAUUAUAUAUAUACAAUGGAAACGUAAAUAUAACUUCACAAACGCAAAAAACACUACUUUAAACUGAUUACAGUACAGUAUCACCCUUUGUCACUACAAGAGCUGUCGGACUAACACUUGAUAGAAUCUGACAGACAGUCAUUUCAAGUAAUUCACAAUCGACUGGGUGGGAGAGCAAACACAUUUUGACAGACAUUUGUAAUAUCGGAAGACGGUCCAAUGCAUGAUUACAAGGGUGCAUAACCUUAUAUAUGAUUAUAUAUAUACAAUGGAAACGUAAAUAUAACUUCACAAACGCAAAAAAACACUACUUUAAACUGAUUACAGUACAGUAUCACCCUUUGUCACUACAAGAGCUAAGCACAUAUUUGUACGAUUAGAUAAAACUAAAAUGGGUUACAAUACCUAAUGGAAGAAUCAUAAAAUCGGAAUAAAGUUUUUGACCGAAGUUCAGCAGUUGGACUCUGCCCAUUACGUUCAUUUGAGUAAUUAAUGCUGAUUUUGUCCUUGUUCAGGUGCUACAGUACCGGAGUUCUCUGCUGAAGUGAAAACAAACACUUAUGAGAAGAACUGGUCAUUCUUCCGCCGUUUUGCAGGUCGAUCUUUCCCUGAAGAACAUCUUAGGAAAGCACAUGCCGAAGUGGAGGAAUUUUGUAAGAUUUUACGGCACGAAGGAGUCGUUGUGCGUCGCCCUGAAGCAAUCGACUUCUCACAGGUAAAACUGCUCAUAAGACCAGAAUUUGUUUUCUAACUACAAUUAUUUAAUGAAGAAUUUAGGACUGAAAAGUAGUGAAUAAGCACUGAAAAUCACAGACAGACAUUGUACCGGCAAGUCUUUUUUCUUGUUCAUGGUCGCCAUUUUACGUCAAAAAAAUUAUAUUUAAAAGAAUUUUUGAUAAUUCUGACAGUUUAUGAAACAAACUGUUGAUUUAUUUAACUUACUUGUCAUUGGUAGUUUUAAUAUAAACCCUUAAACUUCUUAAACUUUUGAAUAAUUCGCAACAAUUUCCAAGAUCCUGCCGCAGUGCC